CAUACAUCUGUUAAGGAUGAAUGUUAACACAAUUCAAGUUUUAAGGAAAUUUUUAACUACAACACAUGCUCAUAAUUUUAGCUACCAACCAUAUUUGAGAAUAAUACUAAAAUUUCAUAUGUUAUUAAACCUUAAAGAUUAAGUUAUUAAAAACAAACGUGGUGAUGGAGAUACGGGCUCGCCCCCCAGACGUGUAAGAUUGGGCUCAGCCAUGACAGGAAAGUACUGCCACACUUGGCCCAUUCAGACCCCCUUGACCUGGCUUGGUGGCAUUGGGCCUAUGCUUUGGGCCCUCCAUCUCGAUCUGUCGAUUAGCAAAUCUGACACCAAGCUCGGCCUACAAGGCCCCCUCGGUGCCAUAUGCCAAGAAGGGAAGUCAACUCCUGGGGAAUCGCAGGAGUUCAGUGACCAGAGGUGGGAGACGUCAUCAGAGGGUGACUCGUUCCUGCACAUGGUCAAAUAUGACCGGAUGAAAAGUAGCAGGAGCAUGGAGGAAACCCUAAGCCCCAACACGAAGCCCAGAGGCCCGUUUUCUCCUACCAGUCCGUUCUUCCUUGGCUCAAAUGACGAUGAUAUCGAGCGUGCUCAGGCACGCGCCGCCAGAGCAGCCGCCUUACGUCGCAAAGCAGUCCCCUCAACCCCUCCACUGGCUGCCGAUCCUUGUCUGGACAAGAAUCAAAUUUUCGAACUCUUACAGAACUGUAUCCGGCUUGCAAGUGAAAAUAAAAUUAAUCAGAAGAAUACUUGGGAGCUGGGUUUGAUAGACCAUCUUGGUGAUAUUAUCAAAGCAGAAGAAGAAAAGGAUGAUGAGACUAAUUUUCAAAAGGCAAGUUGUACACUCGAAGCGGGUGUUAAGAUUUAUUCCAUGAGGGUGGAUUCAGUUCAUUCUGAGGCAUAUAAAGUCCUUGGAGGAAUUAAUCGGGUUGGGCAAGAUGACAAACAAGUUCCUGCUGUGCAGGAUGGUGAUAUUGACAAUGAACAGCAUGCAGGCAAUCCAAAGAAAGAAAAAUCAAAAAAGUUAGCACCCUUAACACUGGAGCCAUCAUUUGAGGCUCUUAACAUGAAGAAAUUAGACAUUGCCUUCACUGUAGAUCCUCUUUAUCACCAAACAUCUGCUCAGUUUGAUGAAGGCGGUGCCAAGGGCCUCCUGUUGAAUAACUUAGGAGUCUAUGGUCUCUGUCGAGUCCUUUUUGAUUCAUCAGAAAUACCCGGCAAAUGUACCCCAACUGCAGUUCAAUCCGUAGAAUCAGAGGUUGUUGACUUGUCUUUUGUUAAAGAUUGCCUUGAAGAUAUGAUAUAUAAUAUGCCCAAGAAGGAUGAAAUAUCUCCGAGUCUUAGACAUAUAAUUCACCAAUUUGAUGAAGAUGCGGGUAGGCUAUCUGAAGAAUAUGUGUCCGCACAAGAUUCACUAGACCAAGAUUUUGAUACAUUCGAUCGUGUUCCUGAGGUUGAUGAUGAUGCAUACAACAAUUAUGGAGCCUGGGGUAUGGAUAAUGAUGACGAUGACGAUGGAACAAGUGUCGCGGACCAAGCACCAUAUGCUGCUGAUCAAAGCGAAUCUGGACAUCAGGAGGAUAGCGAGCCUCUUAAUUACCAUGAUGUCGAGAUGGACUCUAGAUUCAAUCAAGUUGAUAAUUACUUGUUCUUGAAUUUGGGAUUCUUACCAAAAGAGAACUCGUGGGCCGGUCCAGAUCAUUGGAAGUUCCGAAAGGCAAAAGUUUCAGGUGUACCCGCAAAGGAAGAUGGAUUACAACCAUUAAAGACCAAGAAUACGAAGAGCAAAAAAGAAAAAAAUGAUAUUGAAUUCGAGAAGUCAUUGGAUAAAGAUAUGUCACAUAUCUUUGAUCCUCCAAAAAAUCCCAAGUCUCUGCUUCUGCCUGCUAACAGAGCGCCUGCAAACAGAUUGCUUCCAGAAGAUUGCCAUUAUCAACCAGUGGAUCUUGUGAAGCUAUUUCUGUUACCUAAUGUUAUGUGUCUUGGGAAGAAAGCAAGGAAAAGAACUGAAACGGAUCAACAUAGAGAUGAAUAUGGAGGAGCAAUGUCAACCUGGGAUCAUGAUGAUUGUGGGUUUGGUGGGACAUUUGAUGAUGAUAGUGUCUGUAGUGAUGUUGAGGACACAAGCACUCUAGUCUCUCAACCUCGACAGGUAAACAAGAUUGACAUACAGUAUGAUAAAACAUCAAAACAAGUGGAUGUUCAGAUACUGAAGGAAACACUAUGGGACCACAUACAAAGAUUAAAUCAAACAUCAGCUCAGGUGCAGGAAGGGAAUGUAUCUUCAUUCAAACAAGUGCUGGAAACUUUUCCGGAAGACUGCAGAGCGACAGGAUCCAUUCAUGACAUAUCACCACACUUGUGCUUUAUAUGCUUGUUGCAUCUUGCCAAUGAGCAUGGACUUUUCAUCCAGGGUUCUGAUCAUUUGGAUGACCUGAGAAUAAAAAUGGAUGCCCACCAUGAUGGUGUUCAAGGUACUGCCAAUUAAAGUAAACAUAUUUUUUGCUCCUUCACUGGGGUCUCUGCUUGUGAAUCUUCUGACUUAGAGUUCCACCUGACAAAUUUCCAAUGUCAGCAAGGUAGAUUUGUAGUUAAACUAAUAUCAGCAAACUUCUGUACCAAGAAUUAAAUAUCAUCAAACUUUUGUAAGUUCCCUAUAAAUACCUCUACAUUAG